UUACAGAUACUUAUACCCUGGUCUUUUGUCGCUAAGCGCUUUACACGGAUUAUUAGUAGUCAGCCGUAUAGACAGAGAUAAGAUAAGAUUACACGCGAUAAGUAUGAAUUAAUACUAAACACACACAUAAAUACAUACGCAGUUGCCAAUUUCUCUGUAAAUACUCACAAAUCGAGUUGAAUAACUUGUAUGAAAAUUAUUAACUCGCAUAUUUAAAAUAUUCAAAUUAAAGCAGUGUUCAUCCUUUAAAAAAGACAAAGUGCAUUCAAUCUGGAUAUAAAAAUGCCCAUGUUUUCACUGGAUUUUGGCGUGAGGAAGGAUUCCUCAAAAAGCAGUUUUUCCAGGUCCAGCAUCGACUCUAUCGACAGUCUCAGUGGGAGUUUAAAAAAGUCGUUUGGACAACCGCACUACAAGUCCGCUGUGGAAGCCUCGGGAAAAUUGGAUUUUGGAGAACUCGAACUUGAGUUACACGACGCUCGUUACAUGUUACGUGGGUAUAAGGAAAAGAAUCAGUGUGAAGGAUGGUGCAAACCUUCAUGCAUUCCUAUCACAAUCAUCCUUAUUUUAAUCAUCCUGGUCGUCGUUUUAUCUCUCAUCGAUCAAAACCAGAUUGAAAAUGCGACUCGAGAACAAAUUAGACUUAAGAAAGACUGGGCAAAAUGUCGAAAGGAGUGCAGACUGGAUUUACUGGAGAGCAUACCGGAAGGAUUGACCUUUAAUUCGACAACAACUCAUUCCUCGACAUAUUCCGGCUGGGUCCAACUGUUAGAAUUGGCAAAGGAAUCGAUUGAAAUUGGAUCUUUUUACUGGAAUUUGGUAGAUGACUCAAUUGCACCCGAAUACACGGAGGAGGGUCGAGAUAUCUACCAGAGAUUACUGGAAGCCGGAACGACGCGAGGAAUCAAGAUCAAAAUUGCUCAAAACAUCGCAUCUGAUCAAUAUCCCAAUUUGGACACCUUGAACUUGAAGAAUGCCAAGGCUGCCGAGGUACGCAGUUUGGACUUUGAUAGACUGGUUGGUUCCGGUGUUCUUCACACGAAAAUGUGGGUAGUUGAUAGAACGCACGUUUAUGUGGGAAGUGCCAAUUUCGAUUGGAAGUCGUUAACUCAGGUUAAAGAGCUUGGAAUUCUAGCUACAAAUUGUACCUGUUUUGCUAAAGAUUUAGGAAAGGUUUUUGAUGUGUACUGGAAACUUGGAGAGAAUAAUUCAAAAGUUCCAGACAAAUGGCCAUCGUCAUAUGCCACGAUUUACAAUAAAGACAACCCGAUGGACAUUUCUUUUAAUGGAGAAAAAUAUUCGUCAUAUUUAUCGAGCGCACCAUCCCAAUUUAAUCCAAAAGGACGAACCUUUGACCUUGACGCCAUACAAGAUGUGAUUACAAAUGCUACAAAAUUCAUUGAUAUCGCUGUGAUGGACUACUCUCCUAGUCUUUUGUACUCUCAUCCGCCAAAAUUCUGGCCAAUCAUUGACAAUGCGCUCAGAUCUGCAGCAAUUGAUCGUGGUGUUUCCGUCCGAUUGUUAAUAUCUCAAUGGGAUCAUACUAGAAAUUCUACGUAUAAAUUUCUCAAGUCUUUGCAAGAUAUUAAUAAUGUUUAUCAAAAUGUCGACGUUCAAGUUAAAUUAUUCAAAGUACCAGCAACGCCAGCUCAAAAAUUGAUUCCCUUUGCCAGAGUGAAUCAUAAUAAAUACAUGGUGACGGACAACAGUGCUUUCAUUGGAACAUCAAAUUGGUCCGGAGAUUACUUCACAGGAACCGCAGGAGUUGGUUUUGUUGUCACUCGGAACAAUAAAAGUGACGUAGAUUCAGAUAAUGACAUUCGAUCCCAAGUUGCUCAGAUUUUUAAAAGAGAUUGGAACUCAGAUUAUGCCAAGUAUUUAUAGACGCGAAAUUUUACCCUAAAUAGACUAAUUGUUGCGAAUAUAUUAAAAUUCGAAAUUUGUACUUUAUAUACAUAAAUAUUUACAAAAAAUAGCAUGAUUCUUCUCUGUACUUUGAACUCGAUAUUAAUUUAUUCGACUUGUGAAUACACUUCAAAAAUACUCUUUACAA